GGGCUGUCACCUCGUUACCUCUAAGAUCAUCAAUGAAAUAGGGCAAGAUCUGUCAGGGUUCAAAUGUGGGCUUGCUCAUCUAUUUUUGCAACACACAAGUGCUUCUUUGACCAUCAACGAAAAUUAUGACUCAGAUGUUCGAGAUGACACCGAGACAUUUUUGAGCAGGAUUGUUCCAGAGGGGAGGUCUGCACCAUGGAAGCACACCCUGGAAGGUCCUGAUGACAUGCCUGCUCACAUUAAGUCAUCAAUGUUUGGCUGCACACUCACGAUACCCAUAACAGAUGGAAAGCUAAACAUGGGAACUUGGCAGGUAUAGUGUAAAAUAUGUUCCAAAUGCUUGAGUCAUGAAUUUGAUAUAUCAAUAGCAUAUAAAGAAAGGUUGAUAUAGGAAGUCUUUAAUUGCAUAGUAGUAUAAAUUGUGUGCAGUUGUGUGUAUUGGAAAAAGGCAGUAAUCCCUAAUUUUUUAAAAAUAAGCUACAUAUAGACUAUUGAUGCAUUUUUUCAGGCACCAGUUUUUUUGCUUACAAUGCCUAGAGCAGACACCAACUUUACAUUGAAUAGUGUUAUAAGAACAUAUUAGCAUGUUGGCAUGGGCAGGUUGGUAAGUAGAUAUUGGGGACCCUGGGGUAGUGAUACGACCCUACAGGCCUACACAACCUACUGUGGUCACCAAUUGAUCAACACCGCUAGAUAUAAAUGUAUUCACUUAUCACAAGGAUUUACAUGUAUUGACUCGGUUAAUACUCUUUAAUGUAUGACAUAGAGUGUUGGGCGGUGAAACAAUGACACAUUCAAAAGAUGAGUGACAGAAAAGCGUAUGUUGCGUUGGAUGUGCAUACAUACCCGAAAAGAUUGCUUGAGGGAUGAGAUAAUCAGAUAAAAGGUGGGAGUAACACCUAUAGAAGAUAAAAUGCAAAAGUCUUGAUUGCAGUGCAGUGAUUUGGUCAUGUGCGUAGAAGACCGAAUGAUGCUUCUGUUAGGUGAGUUGAGAGGUGGGGAGAAGAGGCGGGGAGGAGAGGGAGAGGAAGACCCAAACGGACGUGAGGAAUCAAGAGUGAGAUGCAGAUAUGCUUCUUCUUGGGUUGGAUGAGAGUAUGACUUUGGAGAGAGGAAAGUGGAGGGCGAUUUUGAAUGCGAUUUUCACUAUGGGUCAUCCAGAAACAGUCUCUCUGUGCUUGAGUACAGGGGUAAGAUUGCGUACAUCUGACCCCCCUUAUCCCACCGUAGGUGGGAGCCUUUGUGGCACUGGGGUAAUGAUGACGAUGAUGAGAUUAGUUUAUUACAUAAUGUUUAAUGAGAAUAUGAAGUUAGAAGAGUAUACGAUUUUCUAGUUUAACGAAAAACUCCCUAUAUUUCAAAUGUUAUUAUACCACAAACCUCGUAAAAUAAUGAAGUAUUGUACAUAUCAUGUAUAAAUACUGUAAAGAGAGCAUCUACAUAUACAACUCAUACAAGUACAGAACACGAGAUGUGCUAGGUGCGUAAGUGUAUUAACUACAACAAUCUUAGGGCUAGGGUCAUAUGACAAUCGGUUAGUCGGUUCUCUCCAGCAAGCCUAGAGAUAUGGACAAACUUAAGUAUAGUAUUAGUAUUUGUUUCCUCAAGUAUUACUGUUAGUUUCCUCUUCGCAUAAUAAUUCUUUUUUACCUAACAUUCCUAAUAGACAUCUUGUAAUAGAAUUAGAGUUGUAAUACUAGACUACCAAGACUCUUUGGAUUAGUAUUAAUAAGAUCAUCAAUCUUUUGGAGAAAUAAUUCUUGUGCGCUCGGUGGAACCCACUGAUAGGACCAGACGGGAUCAAAGAGGAAUAGAGAAAGAGGGUUGAGAAAUUCACAGAAUCUGAAUAAAUUUUCAAAUGUUUCAGUCCGUGUGGAGAGGACAAGGCUCCUUACAAUAUGAUAUUGCUUAUAUAUUCUUAACUAUCUAUUACGUAGCUACCAGAGAGUAUUUAUAAUAAUUGAAAAGCAAUAGAGUAGUGGGUUACAGGUUAUGCCCAUAACCACAUCCACUAAUGACUGAAAAAUAGCCACAACUUCAACUGCUUCCCAAAAGCAGUUUCUUCCUGCGGGAACAAGUCUUCAGUGGUCUAUCAGUACCCCCCCUGAAAAGUCACCUUGUCCUCAAGGUGAAAGAAGGCAACUGCCCAGCGAGUAAGUCAUAGUCUUCCCACGUUGCUUCUUCAAGAGGCCGGCCUGCCCAUUGCACCAACAACUCUAAAUUAGAACCAGAAUCUGUGAGAGAGCACUUUUUCAGGCUGUAACACAUACUCCCAGUCAGUAGAUAUAGGAAGGGCUGCGGGUGGAACCAAAGGGGACUGUCCAUACGCGGGGCGUAGCAAAGAUACAUUAAAGAUGGGAUGGAUUUUGCAAUCUUCAGGUAGAGCCAAUUCGUAAACAACUGGACCAACGCGACGAACAACCGAAUAUGGGCCAAAGAAAUGAGGGGACAGUUUUUCAAACCGUCGCUUGGACAAAGAACGCUGACGGAAAGGUUGAAUCCGGAGGAAGACAACAUCUCCUACCUCAAAAGAUAGCUCACGUCGUUUAGAGUCAGCUUGAGCCUUCAUCCGGCUUUGAGACUUUUGGAGAUUUUCCCGAAGGAGUUUUAGCAUAGCAUCACGAGAUAGUAGUUGUUCCUCUAGAUCAGCAUUGUUUGUUUUAUCCUAGCACAAAAGGGUGUAGAACAGGCGGGUCCUGUCCAUAGAGUAUUUUGAAUGGAGUGGUUCCCAUGCCAGAUACUUGCUCCACCAGGAGGAAGGACGCUCGUGAGCAAAGCAACGCAGGUAGGACUCGAGAGUGCAAUUCACCACCUCCGUUUGCCCGUCAGAUUGGGGGUGGUAAGCUGUACCCAUGUGUAACCGGGUCCAACUAAGGCGAAACAAUUCCUGCCAAAAAUGACUCGGAAAAAUAGGAUCUCUUUUUGAGAUAAUAGAGUGUGGAAGCCCAUGUAGACGUACAAUUACCCUACAAAAAGAGGUGCCUCAGAUUUAGCUGUAAAUGGAUGAGACAAUGGCACAAAGUGACAAUAUUUGCUGAAUCUGUCCACCACUACUAGAACUGUGUCAAAACCCCCUGAUUUUGGUAUCCCAGUGAUAAAAUCAAGUGAUAUGUGCUCCCAAACACGAUCUGAAAGUGGGAUCGGCUGGAGUAGACUUGCUGGUGCCGACGUCUCAUAUUUAUUUCGUUGACAUACCAAACAGAUGCACGCUUCAAUGUUUUCAGGAAACCACCAUGUCCACCAGUGAGGGUAUCUGGCACUCGGAUAGAAUUUUCUGGCGAAGUGAUGACGUUCCCGGGAUUACCAACCGCCCCUUGUAGAAUAGUCUCCCUUCCACCAAGGAAUAAUCAGGGCUAGUAGUUGAUGAGAUAAUAUCUUUAGUAGCCGGAUCUUGCAACAGUUCAUCUUGUAGAGUCAUUAAGUCCAUGUUCACGGGUAAUGCCAGAGUAAGCAAUUCAGCAUGGUGUGCUUUCCGUGACAAGGCAUCCGCUCCCUGGUUGUGUUUCCCCUUCUUAUAGAUGAUAGUGAAAUUGAAGGGAAGUAGCUUUAUGAGCGCUGUUGGGAAUCCGAUGUCAGACGUUGAUCCAACAAAAACUUAAGACUGCAGUGAUCAGUUUUGACAAAGAAAUGUCGACCAAGCAAAUAAUGCUUCCAUUUUUGUAAGGCUAAAACAACAGCAAGUAAUUCCCGGUCAUAGGUGGACUUCAAACGAUUAGAAGAAGAAAACCCCUUACUAAAAUAAGAGACCGGGUGAUCUGACUGGAGCAGAAUAGCUCCAACCCCUGCAGUUGACGCAUCACAUUCCACUGUAAAGGGCAAGGUGAAGUCGGGUAACUUCAAAAAGGAGCAGAAGUUAAUGCCAUUUUUAAGCUCUAAAAUGCUCUCUCUGCCAUUAGACUCCAAAGGAAAGCAUUUUUCUUCCUAAGUUAAGUGAGUGGCCUGGCACGUAUGCCAUAAUCUUUGAUAAAGCGGCAGUAGUACCUUGUCAGCCCCAGAAAGCCUCUCAACUCUUUGACAUUCCGAGGAACCUGUCAAUUCAGAACUGUUGAGAUUUGAUAUGAUUUCCUUCCUGAUUUUAGUAUUUAUUGUACAGAUUGUAUCAAAUCAGGAAUUAAUUACUGAUUGAUGUGCAUAUGAUUCUUUCCUUGUAAUUAUUUGCCUUAUAAAUAAAGACUUGUUGAGAGUAGUUUCUCUUAAGCAAUUUCAUUCAAAUCAAUAAAUUCAAGUUGGUAUCAGAGCCUUAUCCUCACUUUCCCUAGUCGUCCCUGCAGCCAACCUUCAUCGAGACUGGUCUGCCGGCACUAGGAAUAGAAGUCCUAGUCAUUCCAGAUUGUUCCCAAGUCAGUAUACGUCAUGUCUCCUGCAAGCAGCACGACUCCUGACUCUUCCAGGAGUCUUGUGUCCUUUGUCUUUUCUGGGAAUUCCCAAAUAACUUCUGAAAAACUUAACGGCAGAAACUACAUGGAUUGGCAAGUUUCUGUUGAAAUGUGGUUCUUAGGCCAAGGUUUGUCUGAACAUUUGACCAAAAGAGCCGAUGAGAUAACUGCAUCUGAAAGGGAAAAAUGGACUCAAGCCGACCAUCAAUUGGUUGCUAUUUUGUGGCAGUUCAUUGAUCCCAAACUGUUGAUCCACUUCCGCACAUACAAGACGUGUUAUGACAUAUGGAAGAAAGCUCGAAGUGUGUUUGCGAAUGAUGUCCAACGGAUUUAUGACGUUGUUCAUAGCCUUGCAACACUCCAAAUGUCCGACCAUGACCUUCCAUCAUAUGUGAAUAAGGCACAAUCCAUCGUUGAAGAGGUUAAGGUGAUGUUGAGCGAAACUGAUCUCCCUAAAGUGUUUGAUAAAAUUGAUAAAAUGUGUAUGGUGUUUGUUCUCCAUGGACUUCAUAGGGAUUUUGAUUCCGUGCGGAACUAGAUCCUAACGAAUCCAAACAUUCCCACUGCUGAAGACCUUAUCGGUCGACUGUUGAGAGUUCCUGCACCAAGUGGAAUUGAAAGUGUUGGUCCUCACGUUGAUUCAGAGUUCUCUGCUCUUGUCUCUCGUUCUAGCUAUGGCGGUCGUGGUCGUGAUAGAGGAGGACGUGGCACUGGUGGUCGACCUAAGUGUAGUCAUUGUCAGCGCAUGGGUCAUACCAAAGAUAAAUGUUAUGAAAUUAUUGGUUGGCCUGACAAGUCUGUUAAUGUAAUGCACUCCGAACCGGUGAAACCUGGGGCAACAACUAAAAGUGCCCAGAAUGUUCUAUCAGAUGAUGAAUAUAAAGAGUAUCUACAACUUAAGGCAGCUCAGCAUUCCUCAGCAACAGUCAACUUUACCGGUAAUUCUACAGCUUGUCUUUCUCAAUCAGGACCCGCCAAAUCUUGGAUCAUAGAUUCUGGUGCCUCUGAUCACAUUGCCGGUAAUCCUUCUCUUUUCUCAAAGUUAUCUCAACCUAAAUCAGCGCACCAUGUCACCCUUGCUGAUGGUUCAAAAGUUAAAGCCAUUGGCGUUGGACAGGCCACACUUCAUCCUUCUUUGUCUCUUAAUUCUGUUCUUCUUAUCCCUGGUUGUCCUUUCAACUUGGUUUCUGUCAGUCAACUUACACGUCGUCAUAAUUGUGUUGUCACCUUUAUUGAUGACUCUUUUUCUAUACAGGACCGGAGUACGGGACAGAUGAUUGGAGCAGGAUUUGAAUCUCAGGGUCUAUACUACUUUCAGACUUCCUCUUCAGUUGCUUGCACUGCUAUGGAGUCUCCUUCUUUGCUUCACCAACGUUUAGGUCAUCCUAGUCUCAAUAAACUGAGGAGAAUGGUACCUCAAGUUUCCAAUUUACAGUCCUUAGCCUAUGAGUCAUGUCAAAUUGGUAAACAUGUUAGAACCACUUUCCCAAAAAGUCAUAGUCAUGCAGAAUCUCCCUUCUAUCUUGUUCACUCAGAUGUUUGGGGUCCAAGUCGUGUCAGUUCUGUUUUAGGAUUUCGGUACUUUGUUAUCUUUGUUGAUGAUUUUUCAAGAUGUACGUGGCUUUAUUUAAUGAAAGAACGUUCAGAGUUAUUUGGCAUUUUCAAAAGUUUCUGCAAUGAAAUAAAAAAUCAGUUUGAUCAUACCAUUCGUGUUCUACGUAGUGAUAAUGCCAAGGAAUAUUUCUCAACAAAUUUCAAUGAAUAUAUGGCUACUCAAGGGAUAAUUCAUCAAUCCACAUGUCCCCACACGCCUCAACAAAAUGGGAUUGCCGAAAGAAAACAUCGUCAUAUCAUUGAAACAGCACGCACACUACUGGUUCAUGCCAAUGCCCCACUAAAAUUCUGGGGAGAUGCUGUUCUCACCAGCUAUUCAUUUAAUCAAUCGAAUGCCAUCUUCUACAUUGGAUAACAAAGUACCACACUCUAUCUUGUUCCCAAAGGACCCCAUUUUCCUUGUUCCUCCCAAAGUCUUUGGUUGUACUUGUUUCGUACAGGAUCUUUCCCAUGGUCUUGACAAAUUAUCUCCACGAGCAAUCGAGUGCAUAUUCCUUGGCUACUCUAGAGUCCAAAAAGGGUACCGUUGUUAUUCACCUUCUACUCAUCGUUUCUAUACUUCUGUAGAUGUCAGUUUCUUUGAGGAUCAACCGUAUUUCACUUCACAAGUGGAAGUUGAAUCUGUCUCUCAGGUCUUACCCAUUCCUCAUCUUACUCCAUUGUCACCUCUCAGUCCUCCAUUGUCCUCUGCCAAACCACUCAUUACUUAUCAGCGUCGACCGCGGUCUGCACCUAAUGAGGAUGUCCCUAAUAGUGACCCUGCUGAUUCACCUCCAGCUCCAGCUCCUUUACCUACUCCGGACCAACAUGAGGCACUUGCUCAACCUGAUCUUCCAAUUGCAACCGGAAAAGGAUGAAAAGAUAUUUUGAUAGUAUACCCAGAUUUGCAAUGGAACCAAAGAUUCACAAUUCUUUGGUUUGAGAAUAUGAUGGAAUAAAGCAAAAUGGUUCACUAAACUAUCUGCGCUUCUUUAUUGUGAAGUAGCAGUUAGUUACCUUAAAAAUGGCCGUUACAACCUCAGGAUCGUGAUUCCCUUUUAAGGUAAUUGGUGGCAAAAAAUGUAAAUUUAUUUCAAUUUGUAAUUUUGUGCGUUAUGACUAUCUUAAUAAUUUGAUGAUGUAUGUUAACUAUGAAACGUUAUGCUACUUUACUAUUUUACUUUUUUUAUUAAAUUUUUAUUAUUUAGAGUUACAAUAAGGUAGGGACCCCAUGAGUCUAAUUUUUCUGGGUCCGCCACUGAUCAACAAUACUCUUUCUGUCACCACCAGUGGGGCUGGAUCACUAUCAACAGCACUCUUGCUGUCACCAGUGGAGCUAGAUUACUAUCAACAACAAUCUUACUGUCACCAGUGGGGCUGAGACCACCACUGUUGGCACCUUCAUCUUUGCCUAUUGCAUAAUGACUACCCACACCAAGUUGCAAGAGAUAAUAUGGACCUUCAUUGCAAGAGGAGAUUUUGAUGAAUCUGGGCUAUUAAGACAUUGGGCCAUUACUUGUGGUCAUGCAUCUACAACCUACACGGAGAUUAAUGAUUAUAUAAUAAUACUGUUUGGUUGUGGAACGACUGGCUGCCAUUGGUUAUUAACUUCAAGGUUGAGGAUAAGCUUGAUGCUUGAUGUUAUAGAGUGGAGAAGUGAAUGGACAAACUGGAGGACAUACUACUAUAAUAAUCACAUUAUUAUUAGAUGUAGUUUCCUAUUAGUAUAGAUAUUCUAUUUUAGUUGACGUUCCUAAUAAAAGUAUUGUAGUUGAAUUAGAUUUACUCUAAUACUAGAUUGCCAACUCUUGGGACUAGGUAAUAGAGGUGCUAUAUUAAAUUGAUAAGACCAUCAAUUUUCCGGAGAAAGAAUUCUUCUUGUGUGCUUGGUGGAACCGACAGACACUUCCUUGCCGAGGGGGAGAAACUGCAUCAUUUUUUCAAUUGCCAUACAAUUCGAUCUAUUUUUAUCAUCUCAUAGUAAUGCCCGUAACACCCAGCUUGUUGCAAUUGUGUUUUCUUUUAGGAGUUCUAUUAGAGACCAGGUAGUAAUAUCAUCCAAUUGAGACCAGGUAGUAAUAUCAGUCAAUUGACCAAUAGACUUGGAGAAUUUGAUAGUAAUGCAGCCACACACAAUGUUCUCCUUAGAUGAAAAAAAAGAAACAGUCAACCUAUUAGUCUCUCUGUGGUAACAUUAUAACAAGUUGAAUAAAUGAAAUUCAGUAACUUGAGUUGAGUAAACAGGAAGUUGGACCGACAAAUCUAGUUUUGUAAUGGAUACAUGUUCAGUUACUAGUUGAGUAAAUGAGCUGAUGGAUUUGCUUUCUUCUUGUGCCACAGGGAAUAUGGCUUUGUGAGCACCGGGAUGAGGCUACCCCACGCAGAAUUGUCAUUACCCUUAAUGGCAUAUAGGUAUAUGAGGUGCAAAACGCCAGAGGCCGUUUGUAUGGGAUCCACCCACCACUCUUGAUACACGAGGUCCGAGACAUAGUUCAUACCCCGGAUAAGGAAUUAUCUAGUGUGUACUCAUCUACUGCAUGUUAAAUCUCACCAGAGAUAUAGUACAAAUUGAACCUUGUAUAUUGGUCCCGGUUCUUGUGUUGGUUCCGGGUCUUUAGCUUGUGUAAAAAGAAUGAUAAUUGAGACGGGAAGUCUGAAAUUGAAAUCCGAACCGGUACUAUUUAGAGGAACUGGUACUAAUUUCAGCUGGUUACUAAACAAGUGACUAGUAUUGGUCCGGUUACAAAAAUUUCAAUUAAAAUUUAUUGUAUGAGUGAUGAUGUUUUUACUUGGACUGUAAUUUGUUGCUCACGUCUAGUCUAUUUAAGUCUACUCUGGUCUGUUUAAGUCU